UGGCCGAGUCCGUUCCGAAAUCGCGUCGCGUUUCAAAGCGCUCCCGAGUCCCGGAUCGCGAACUCCGGCUUCCAUCCACUGGAGCACAUGUGAAGUGUUUUCGUCCUUAAUUAACUUAUACCACCAGGAAAAUGUCUCGUAAUUAAUUAAACCGUCUAAAAUGCGUCCGAGCACGAAAGCAGCAGCGUUACUAUUGACAUUUAUCGCGGCGAUCGGCACGACGAGAUGCUGCGAUCUGGAACAGUUCUUUAGCGAGAAGCAAGUGAGUGUGGAGGAAAGUGCGGCGUCGUCUGAAAUCGUGUUCCACGGCUUCACAAUAGCCGGCGCGGCGUCGACGUCGGAGAAUGAUCUACGGGGCGUCUUCACGGCCUACUUCGAGCUAAUAAACACGUACAAAGGCGCCGAACAGCUAACCAAGUGGGGCGCCAAUAACUACAGACGCAUAAAUGUGACGUUCGUGACGAGGCCGAGCGUCGAAUGCGUGGAGGGUAGCAACGUCCCCAGGGAGUACAUCAUAUUCGCGGACCUGGUGAACGACGAGAUCCGGGCAUCGUCAAUAGCCAAGUGGGACGAGGAGGCCGACGAACGAGUCUGGAGGGUUUUAGGCUGGAGUAAAUGGAGCGACUGGUCGGCCUGCAGUGUAUCCUGUUCGUCUGGCAUCCAGCAACGGUCCCGCCACUGCCGCCUCCCCAAAUGUCCCGGUUUCAACGUCGAACAGCGACACUGCAAUUUAUUCGGAUGCGGUGAUACAGUUGAUCCGCUGGCCCUGAAAGACAAACAAUUCUUUCAUCCUUCGAAAGAUCGAUGGCAAAGAGUCCCGGACCGGCCGACUGCAUGGCGUCUCCAACCUAAUUCGUAUAUAUGGGUGCCCUCAACCCAACUCUUCCCCGAGACAAAGAACCGACCAUUUCCCAGAGAGUUCGUCUUGUUCAUCACUAUGCGGCUUAUUAACGACACGAUGGGCACGAUAUUCAGCCUGCGUUCCCGCCGCCGCCAGGACACUUAUCUGUCGCUGGAGCUCGCAGGAUCCGACCUGAAGUUAAUACAUGCCGCCUCCAACGGUACAGAUGUGGUCAGAAUACCGACCCGUUUAACCGACGGCCAGUGGCACCAAAUUGCCAUCAGCAUCCGCGACGACAGCGUGGUGGACAGUUAUGUGGAUUGCGAAUGGUCCAGGACGGACAUCCUGCGCUCGCACACCCUGGAAAUACCGGACGAUUCGGAUCUAAUUAUAGGAUAUUUGUUCGCGGGCGAUCUGGAGCAACUGUCGAUCGUUCCCGAUCCGAGUAUGGUCGGUUUGCAGUGUUCCGGAUUAAGGACGCCGAUCAUCGAUCCCACCGUUUUCGAUGACAGGGAGCGGAGAAUCAAAACGAUAAAGAAAUUGAUCAUACGCAGAAAACACUUGGUCGACUAAUCAACAUUAAUCGACUAAUCUUCAUGUGCAUAUUUUAGUAUACAGGGUGGUUAACAAGAAACGGUUUUAACUAGUUAAUAACUGCUUAAAUAAAAUAAAUACAUAUAGGAACGACACUUAGACCAUUUUAUUGUAUGACAGUUUUUUUGUUAUACAAUCCAGUAUACUUAUGCAAAGGGUCAUUUUUUCAUCGAAGAUCUGUUUAGAUAAUUAAAUUCGAUGUCUCCUAACAUAAAAAUUAGACCCUUUAGAAAUAAAAUGUAUAAAUUAAAUGUCAGUUAAACGUAGUGUUUAUAUACAAUUUAAGUUAAUUUUUUUUAGUGAAUUAUCGUACCUGCUUGACAAUAGGCACUUGUUAAAUAAUACACAGUAACAGAAUAGCCGUAAUUAUUUUAUAAGAAACCGACAAUAAAUUAAAUUUAGUUCAUUAUAAUCAAAAUAGCCAAUUAAUUUUAGAUUACCCUCAUAAUACGAAUAAAAACAAAAACGUAAAUUGUGGAUUUCUCAUUUGCCAGAUGACGAAAAUUUACCUUUAAAUACAAAAAACGCAUCUUUUGUAUAUUUUAUAUUUAUUUCAGUGUAUACUAUAAAAUUAGAUAAUUGUAAAUAGAAAUGAAAUAAAAGUUUUUAUUAUAA